GACCGCAUUUAACCGACCGUGACGCACAAGGUUCAUCAGUGUUGUGGAGAGAGGUUUGAUGUGUUGACGUGUUGAACGCUGACGCAAUACAAGUCAAUCGACUAAAUUAGCUGUUACACAGUCAGGUACUGUCAUCCUUAUCUUAUCUGAUACAAGCUAGUCAAUGAGAACACACGGGACAAACCAGACCACUAGGCGAUUGAUCGGGGAAACUGCUCGGACACCGAGCCAGCUGGAGAGCCUUGUUUACAGUGCGAAUUCUCUCAGUUACGCGGCGUUUUCACUGCUUGAACUGCCGUGGACUGAAGAUAGAUAGUCGGAAGAGGCCAGGUUCACCAGAAGUUAAUUUCAUCAGAAUUGUCAGUCCUCGUUCAAGGAACUGACAGACGAAAAGAUCGAACCAAGACUGGUCGACUUCCAACAAUGGCCGAAACGAUACUUCAAACCCGAGCUAAGGUGUACGUGACACGCACGGUGCCCCAGCGUGGCCUUGACAUUCUGCUGCAGGGAUGUAACGUGUCCAUGUGGAACAGCGAGGAACGUGUUCCCCGAGGGGAGCUCCUACACAGCGUCUCAGGCGUGGACGGCAUCCUGUGCAUGCGCAGUGACCAGAUAGACCGCGAGGUUUUAGACGCAGCAGGGCCAUCUCUGCGAGCUGUUGCCACCAUGUCCACAAUGACGGAUCACAUUGACGUCAAGGAAUGCAACAGACGUGACAUCCGGGUUCUUGUCAGUCCCAACCAAUCAACGGUGGGCUUAGCUGACCUCACUCUAGCACUAAUCCUUUUGGCUUGGAAGACAUCCAAUGAAGCCCCCUACUUAGACAACUGCAAUUUGCAAAACGGCACGGUCAGCACCGUGUGCCUCAAGAACCUUCGCAACAAGACAUUUGGCAUCUAUGGCCUGACCAUCCUCGGUCACAGCGUGGCCAAGCGCCUGAAGGACCUGGGCGUGACCAACAUCAUAGCAGCGGAUUAUCUCUACAGCAAGCUCACAUGUUCCUCUGAUAUUGAGAUCGUUUCCUGGAAGGAGCUGAUCACCCGGUCAGACAUUAUGUGUAUAUGUGUUCAACACGACAACAACCCGCCAGAGGUUUUCUCGAAGGAAACGUUUCAGCAAAUGAAGAACACGGCCGUCAUUGUGGAUUGCCAGAACGGCAACGCCAUGAGUUACGCUGAUCUGUACGAAGCCCUCCGCGGAGGGGAUAUAGCUGCUGCUGGCAUAAAUGACUGCAACCAGGAACCUGUCCCCUUCAGGUACCCCCUAGCAGGGCUUCAGAACUGUGUUUUCCUGCCUCAGACCGACGAGAGGUUGUACGACUUGAGGCACAAGUUAUCCAUGACAGUAGCGACCAGUCUGACAAAUGCUCUGCACGCACAGGACCAGAGCAAGGAAGUGUGUUAAAAUUUGGGGUUUUUCAUGGACCAGAUCUGUGAUGCUGAGCUUAGAACACCUGCUAGCUUCUAUUUCCCUGACUGGCGAUGUUAUUGAUGGAAAAUCUUCUCACAGAACAAGUCAUUCGUGACCAAUCGCUUCAUUCCGGAACAAGCCGAAUGGCGAAUCGUGUUCUUACAUGAUAACUGAACUUAACUUGGGCGAAUGUUGGUUCCGGAAAGAGACGAGUGGUGACGAAUUGCCAAUUCAUGAAGUUAAGCAUAGUUGUUGGAGGCCAGGAUUGCUGUGCCAUUGCCAUUUCUCAGUUCCUAAUGUUUAUGUUAUUCAAGGUUACGCUUUUGUGAAAUGUUCUUUGAUGUUGAAUUUAUAUAGUAGUGUAUAGUAAUGUCAGAAAAUAUUUCUGACAGUGUAAAUAAUAUUGUAUGAUGGAACAACAUGACCACAAUCAAUUAAAUGUUGAGUAGUUUUUGUUAGGUAGUGGUAAAUGGUAGAAGGCCUAUCGAGAACACUUG